CGCCCGCCGCCGCGAAGCCCGGAGGAGGCGGAUGCAAUUCCCCGGCUGCCCCUGGCUCCUCGGCGGGGCGGCGGGGCCCGGCCCGCAGCGCGCAGGCACCGACAGCGGUCCCGGCCCCGGCCCCGGUACCGGCCCCGGCCCCGGCGCGGCGGCGGGCGGUAGCGCGGCCCCGCUCCGCUCCGCGCUCUCCCCGCCGCGGCCCGGCCCCAGCCGCCGGGGCCCGGCCCAGCACCGCGGGGCCAUGGCCGAAUGGGCGCCCGCCCAGGUGCAGGAGUGGAACGUGGAGGCUCCCCACCUGAUGCCGCUGCAGCCGCCGCUGCUGCCGGAACGGGCGCACGUGCGGGAGGCGCAGCUCCACUCCGCCGAGGCCUCGCUCUGGACCGUGGUGGCCACGGUGCAGGCGAUGGAGAGGAAGAUCGACCUCCUCGCCACCCGCCUGCUCAGCCUGGAGGGUCGGUCCGGCACGGCCGAGAAGAAGCUUCUGGACUGCGAGAAGACGACCAUGGAGUUUGGGAACCAGCUGGAGAGCAAGUGGGCCGUGCUGGGCACCCUCAUCCAGGAGUACGGGCUGCUCCAGCGGCGCCUGGAGAAUGUGGAGAACCUGCUGAAGAACAGGAAUUUCUGGGUGCUGCGGCUGCCCCCUGGCCCCCGGGGCGAGGUCCCCAAGGUGCCGGUGACGUUUGUUGACAUUGCCGUCUACUUCUCGGCGGAGGAGUGGAAGAAUUUGGAGGAGUGGCAGAAAGAGCUGUACAAUAACCUGGUGAAGGAGAACUAUGAGUCUUUGAUCUCCCUGGACGGUGCCCUCCCCAGAAGCGAGGCGCAGCCCCGCAGCGAGCGCGGGGAGGGACCCUGCGUCCCCGAGCAGAGGGAGCUGGAGCAGAGGGAGCUGCCGCCGGACGCCUGCGCGGAGUCGCUGAUCUCCACCUCCGACAUCCUGUCCCGGAUCAAGCAGGAGGUGGCCUUCGUGGGGGAGCAGCAAUUCGCGGAGGAGCGAGGGAUGCCGGCGGACCCCUGCGCAGGCGCGGACGCCCUGAUCACGGCACACGACUUCUUGUCGUGGAUCAAGCAGGAGGAAGAACCCUGCGUCCGCGAGCCCUGGGAGCUGCCGGAGAGGGAGAUGCUGACGGGUCCCGGUCCUGCCGGCGAGGGGCUGCUAGUGAAGACGGAGGAGCGGUGCCCCCACGCCGAGCCCCCCGAAGAGGUGGGCUUGCCGGGCGGCUCCGGGGAGCUGCUCUUCCCCGGCGCGGGCUUCGGGAGCCCCGAGGGACAGGCAGCGGUGACGGCGGCGGCGGCGGCAGCUCUGCCGGCGCAGCACAGACUGGGCAAAGCUCCAGGCUCAGAGCCGGGGCCGGGGGCCGAGGCGGCGGGGGUCCCCACCGCGACGCCGGGACCCGCCGAGGAGCGGCCGCACGGCUGCGCCGAGUGCGGGAAGAGCUUCAGCGGGAAGAAGAGCCUGCGGAUCCACCAGCGGAGCCACGCGGCCGAGCGCCCCUACCCUUGCGCCGAGUGCGGCAAGAGCUUCAACUGCCACUCGGGGCUGGUGCGGCACCAGAUGAUCCACCGCGGCGAGCGGCCCUACAAGUGCGCCGAGUGCGGCAAGUGCUACAGCCGCAAGGAGCACCUGCAGAACCACCAGCGGCUGCACACGGGCGAGCGGCCCUUCGCCUGUGCCGCCUGCGGCAAGAGCUUCAUCCGCAAGCAGAACCUGCUCAAGCACCAGCGCAUCCACACCGGCGAGCGGCCCUACCAGUGCCCGGCCUGCGGCCGCAGCUUCCGCUACAAGGAAUCCCUCAAGGAUCACCAACGGGUCCACGGGGCUGAAGCGGGACCCCCCCCGCUGCCCACCCCCGGCAUCAUGCCCCCCGGGGACUAGGGGCCACCCCGCCGCGGACUGACACCCCCCCCCCCGGGACGGGGGCAGGCGCCGGCCACGCAGCUUCCUACCAAAUACAGGCGCCCGGCUGAGGCGGGGGGGCGUGGGGGGAGCCCCAGGGGGGGGGGCCGUGCUCCCACAGGUCCCCCCCCACCCGGGGCCGGCCCCCGCCACGGACGGACACUCUUCGGCCCCCCAAUGCUCCCCCCCACCAGACAAUCUUGCUGCACGGGAUGGGGAGCAGCCCCCCGCCGCGUCCCCCUGCCGCCAUCCCCCACCCCCCCCACCCCCCCGCCUGCCGCUCUGCUCCCCGGCCCCCGCUGCUUAUUUUUACUGCCCCCCCCGCCCCGCGCCGUCCCGCUCUGUACAGUGCUUGGGGUGUAGUUUUGUAUGGACGAUGCGAUACAGAAUAAAGUCAUGCUGGGCUGCA